AUUGAUACGAUCCGGAAGACUGCUUCGACAGGGCAAGCCGAGCCGAGGAAAGCGAAGCGGAUGAGCGUGAAGCAGAGAUAGGAUUGAAUUUUAGCAUCUGCAUGACCAGGAUUCGCAGUGGGAUAGAGGACAGUAACGUUAGUACACAGUGGGGUAGUGUUGUCAGGGGCGACCCCACGCUCAACUGUGGGCGAUCGAUCAUCCGAAGGGAAUAUUGAGAGGGCAUCGGAUCGGGGAAGACGAAGAAGAAGCUGGGUUCGGAAAUCAUCUCCUACUGACCGCCUCAAUUCGCUCGUCUGCGGUUGUUCCCGGGAUUCUAUUCUAGGUGCUGCAUCGAGCGGAUCACUACUCGCUCAUAGCACUCGGCCUUGUGGUAUAUCUUAGGCAACGCGAGAGACGGAGAAAUUGUGCAUACCUCGUGGGCGUAGAUUUUCGUGGCUCGAGGUGGGAGUUUUUAGGAGAUUAAGGAGUGGACUCGUGCGUCGCAGUGGAAGUUGUAUUGGCGGUGAUUAGGAUUUGGGAUUGUGAAUUCGGGGCUGAAUUGAGGUUCUGGAGCUGACGAGGGCCUGAUUUGGAGACAGACAGAAGCUGCGAUCAGCAGAGGGAUUUAGGAAGUGCGUGGCGUGGAUGUAAUUGUAAGUGUGUUGAGCGAGGAUGGGGUCUCUAGACGCACCCAGCCUUGGAGUUGCUGUGGCUCCCGUAGAAUAUGCUAAAGAGGAGGACAUCCUUUUGUAUGUUAAUGGAAAGCGUUAUGUUUUGCCGCCGAAUAUCGCCCACCAAACUCUUCUCGAAUACCUUCGAGGAAUUGGUCUCACGGGAACCAAGCUUGGUUGCGGCGAGGGUGGGUGUGGUGCAUGCACUGUAAUGCUGUCGCAUUACGAUACCAGCACUGGAUCCAUUGUGAAUCGCGCAAUCAAUGCAUGUUUGGCGCCCAUCUAUUCCGUGGAAGGGAUGCAUGUGAUCACUGUGGAAGGCAUCGGAAACCGUCGGUUGGGAUUGCAUCCAGUGCAGGAAGCCCUUGCAAGUGCACACGGCUCCCAGUGCGGUUUCUGCACGCCCGGAUUUGUCAUGUCUAUGUACUCUCUUCUCCGAACGAAGAAGGACAAGCCAACGCAAGCCGAGAUCGAGGAGUGUUUGGCAGGAAAUCUCUGCAGAUGCACCGGUUACCGUCCUAUUCUCGACGCCUUUCGUGUCUUUGCCAAAUCAGAGACUUCCCUGUACACGAACGAGGCGAUUGCAGCUGCUGGCGGUGUACCCACAAACAAGAGUACCGGCAGUGAGUUUGUUUGCCCAUCCACAGGGAAGCCUUGUGAUUGUGGGAAAACGCCUUCCAAGGGUGAAUUAGGAAACGGUGCCGCCACCGACCAUAAAUCGUUGACGGAGGAGAAGCAAGAAAGAGAGAGCAACGGAACGGUUUUGGAGAACAACACAGGUGUGAAGGAUAACGUUGAAGUGCCACGAGCGGAGCCAAUCUUUCCGUCGAAGCUGAAGGAAAGAAAACCUCAACCCCUUGUUCUACGUGGUAGACUGGGCUUGAAAUGGUAUCGUCCAACUUCGUUGUCGCAUUUGCUAGCCUUGAAAAAGGAGUAUCCCAGUGCCAAGAUGGUCGGUGGCAACACGGAGGUUGGCAUUGAGGUUCGGUUCAAAAAUCUACAGUAUCCUGUUCUGAUUGCGACUACACAUGUGCCGGAACUUUCCACUAUUAAGGUUAUUGAUAGUGGCGUGGAGAUUGGCUCAUCUGUGACGCUUACCAACAUCUUCGAGACUUUCUCCGAGAUUGUGAAAACGCGGAAUGAGGACGAGACAUCGGGUUGCAAGGCUAUCAUCGAGCAGCUCCGGUGGUUUGCUGGUGCUCAAAUUAGGAACGUCUCUUCCAUAGGCGGGAACAUCGUCACUGCUAGUCCAAUUUCGGAUUUGAACCCCUUAUGGAUCGCUACUGGGACAAUCUUCACUGUAGCUGGAUACGGUGCUUCUCCACGACAAGUUCCUGCUAAGGAUUUCUUCCUUGGUUACCGCAAAGUCGAUUUGAAAGAAAAUGAAAUCCUCAUCAGUGUUUUUAUGCCAUUCACACGGCCAUUUGAAUAUGUGAAAGAAUUUAAGCAAGCACAUCGCCGGGACGACGAUAUCGCUCUUGUCAAUGCAGGAAUUCGUGUCAGCCUUGCCGAGUCUGAUGGAGCUUGGAUUGUUCAAGACUCGUGUCUGGCGUAUGGUGGAGUGGCCGCUAUGGUUGCAGUUGCGAAGAGGACGCAGGAGUUCCUGAGAGGAAAGCCAUGGAGCCGUGAGACUCUAGACCAGGCCCUUGGUCUCCUUGAACAGGAAAUUCACAUGGCUGAUAACGCACCAGGUGGGAUGGUUCAAUUUCGGCGUUCGUUAAUCUCCAGCUUCUUCUUCAAGUUCUUCUUGUUCACAAAUUAUAAGCUGGAGGCACACGCAAAUUUCAGCCAUGGGCUUCCGGAGAGUUACAGGUCGGCGGUGACUCCGUAUGAACGGGAGCCUUCCCAUGGCAUUCAAGUUUUCCAGACUUUACCAAAUGGAACUGCAGUGGGCUUGCCUUUCCAGCACCAGUCUGCAAACCUCCAGGUGACAGGGGAGGCGGAAUAUGUCGAUGACAUAGCCAUGCCACCAAACGGCCUGCACGCUGCGUUAGUCUUGAGCACCCGCCCUCACGCACGGAUCGUAUCAAUUGAUGCCUCCGAGGCGGAGAACCAAGCAGGGUUUGAAGGUUUUUUCUCAGCCAAAGACCUACCUGGGGCUAAUGACAUUGGCGCCAUAGUUCAUGACGAAGAGCUGUUUGCGACGACGACUGUGACUUGUGUGGGCCAGGUGAUAGGCAUAGUCGUUGCGGACACUCACGAAAACGCAAAAGACGCAGCUCGGAAAAUCAAGAUUGUUUACGAAGACCUGCCAACUCUGUUGGAUUUGGAUGCUGCUGUGGCUGCUCAGAAGUUCCAUCCUGGAUCAGAGCGUGUUCUAGAAAUGGGAAAUGUCGAUGCGUUCUUUGAAAAUGCAAGAGGCUCUGAUGAUGUUCUUGCAGUCGAAGGCGAAGUGCGCAUGGGAGGUCAAGAGCAUUUCUACUUGGAGCCUAACAGCACUCUUGUUUGGACAACCGAUGCUGGCAAUGAAGUUCACCUACUUUCCUCAACCCAAGCCCCUCAGAAACAUCAGAGAUAUGUCGCUCACGUUCUCGGCAUUCCUCAGCACAAGGUGGUGUGUAAGUUGAAGCGCAUAGGCGGUGGAUUUGGAGGCAAGGAGACACGGUCUGCCUUCAUAGCUGCGGCUGCUUCAGUUCCAGCCUACUUGUUGCAAAGACCAGUGAGGAUCACUCUCGACAGAGACACGGACAUGGCGAUUACUGGCCAACGGCAUGCUUUUAUGGGAAAAUACAAGGUUGUGUUCACGAAGGAGGGCAAGAUUUUGGCUCUUGAUGUCGACAUAUACAACAAUGGCGGUAAUUCUUUGGAUCUUUCAGGUUCGGUUCUGGAGAGGGCGAUGUUCCACUCCGACAAUGUGUACAGCAUCAAGGACAUGCGAGUGCGAGGGAGGGUUUGCUUCACCAACCAAUCCAGCAACACCGCGUUUCGAGGCUUUGGAGGUCCACAAGGCAUGCUCAUUGUUGAGAAUUGGAUCGAACGAAUUGCCAGUGAAGUGGGACGGCGUCCUGAAGAAAUACGGGAACUCAAUUUUCAACAAGAUGGGGAUGAGUUGCACUAUGGGCAAAUACUGGAAGCCUCACGGCAUCGGCAUGCGUGGGCGGAGUUGAAGAAAUCUUGCGAGUUUGAGAAGCGACUAGCAGAAGUAGAAAGUUUCAACGCGCAACAUCGCUGGAAGAAGCGGGGCUUGGCCAUGGUGCCUACGAAGUUCGGUAUUUCAUUCACGACGAAGUUCCUCAAUCAGGCUGGAGCUCUUGUGCAAGUUUACACUGACGGAACGGUGCUGGUCACACACGGAGGUGUGGAAAUGGGCCAGGGACUUCACACAAAGAUGGCUCAAAUUGCAGCGUCUGAGUUUGGUAUCCCUCUGAAGGAUGUAUUUGUAUCCGAAACUGCCACAGAUAAGGUUCCGAAUUCCUCCCCUACUGCUGCUUCCGCAAGUGCGGACAUGUAUGGAGGAGCUGUGCUUGAUGCUUGCAAGCAGAUCACGGCCCGUAUGAGCGAGCUGAGUUCUAAGAACAACUAUUCCUCGUUUGCCGAGUUGGUGACAGCGUGCUAUUUGGAGCGGAUCGAUCUAUCAGCACACGGAUUCUACAUCACACCCGACAUUGGUAUGGACUGGGACACCGGCAAGGGAAGGCCCUUCAGCUAUUUCACAUUUGGAGCAGCUUUCGCUGUGGCUGAAAUCGAUACCCUAACAGGAGAUUUCCACUUGCCACGAGUAGAUAUCGUCAUGGACUUGGGACAUUCUCUAAAUCCCGCAAUCGACAUCGGCCAAGUGGAAGGGGGUUAUGUGCAAGGCCUCGGGUGGGCAAUCUUGGAGGAGCUCAAAUGGGGUGACUCUGCUCAUCCUUGGGUUAGACCAGGUCAUCUCUUCACGCAAGGUCCUGGCACAUAUAAACUGCCUACCGUGAACGACAUUCCUAUCGACUUCAGGGUUUCCCUCUUGAAGGAUGCGCCGAAUUCUAAGGCGAUUCAUUCUUCCAAGGCUGUAGGCGAGCCACCUCUAUUCCUAGCAACGUCUGCCCUGUUUGCUAUCAAGGACGCUAUCAAGGCAGCAAGGAAAGACAGUGGGCACAAUGGAUGGUUUGUGCUGGACACACCGGCCACGCCCGAGCGGAUCCGCAUGGCGUGUGCUGAUGAGUUCACGAAGCCCUUCGCUGGACCAGACAUUCGACCGAAGCUCAGCGUGUAAUGCUUGGAAAAACCAAGCACCCGGAGAAUUCAUAGCCCUCAUGGCACCCCCACUGUAGAUCACGAAACCAGGAUGAGCAACCGUCCCUUUCAUGUAAAUUAAUGCUUGUCAGGAGAUCUACUUCCUUUUGAGAACGGGAAGAAAAAAGAAAACAAACCACACCCUGCAUUGUGGUGCUGGAUGCUAAAUUGAAUAUAUGAUUGGUUUUGUUUUUUGGAACCCUCUA